AUGAGCACUCCACGCGCUUUCACCCUCAGCAAGGAGAUCUUCAACCCGAGCCUGUACAAGCUGGUUCAGUCUACCUGGUUUGGAGGUCUUCCCGAAGGCGCUCGAGCUCCGACUAUGGAGGUCGCGAAGAAAUGGUGGGGAAAUGGAGUCCCCCCCGAAGAGAAAGCCGCCUUCGACACAAUCUGCCGCUCCAACUUCCUCUCUGCCCUCGAAUCCAUCGGUCCUGAGAAGUAUCCGCUCUCCCAGGUGCCCUCCUCUGCGAUUGCCGAACCCUUCCUCCGCGAGAUCAGCGAGCAGUCACCACAAGACGAAGGCGCUGAGAGCGCGUCUGAGAGCGCGUCCACGGCCUUGAGUCUCAUCUUGAUCCUCGACCAGAUGCCACGCAACAUCUUGCGCACACCGUCAACACUCCCACUGGUCUACAAUCACUAUGACACCAUCGCUACUGCUGUCAUGGCGAGCCUCCUUUCGCCCAACAGCACUAUGCCGCGUCUCGAUAAGCACCCCCUCUACCGUCUCUCGUCAGCCCACCGCUUCUGGUUCUAUAUGCCUCAUAUGCACUCAGAGUCUCGUGAGCUCCACAAGCAGCUGGCUGGUGUGCUUGACGAGUUUCGGAGCGAGCUUGUUGAGGCUGGAGCAGAGUGUGAGGCUUCCCUCGGAUACUUCGAUAGAGCGGCGAAUUUUGAGAAGAUCCACGCCAAGAUAAUUGAGAGGUUCGGAAGAUAUCCCUACAGGAACGAAGUCCUAGGCCGAGAGUCGACUGAGGAGGAGGCGAAGUACCUCGCAGAUGGAGGGGAGACUUUCGGUGUGGGCAAAAAGGGUUAG